AUGUUGGUUUUCUGCCACCCCUACGAUCAUUCUGUGUUAACUGUUGAAGCCGCCGAAUCUGUUCAUCCCUUUCUCAAGCUUACCUAUGAGUUCUUCAACAGUUACAGUAAAGGAAAAUCUAUCAGUUAUGGAGUAACUAUAAAACAUUUCACUGAUUUGGUAAGACAUUUUUUGUGCCCUGCAGAAGAAAUUACUUGGGUAGAUACUCCUAUAAAAAAUAUAUAUGACGCGAGAAAGUUGAAGGCCGCAGGGGUGAACUUUAGGCUACUUAAAGAAGUAGGGUUUGUCAUUAAAGGAGAUGAAUCCCACGAUUGUAAUUUCAACUUAGCAUGUUUUACAAGUAUGGACUUGAAGCUUACACUAUUCUGUGUCAAGGAUGAGACAGAAUGCAUGGCGUUGGAGCAGUUUCUGUAUCCAGACUCUGCUUAUAUUUGCGAAUAUUUUUUGUUCAUGGAUAAACUUGUGGACUCUGUGGAAGAUGUGAAUUUGCUGAUUGAGAGUGGAGUUCUUGUUAACAAGAUAGGCUGCAACGAAACCGUGGCAAACCUGAUCAAUAAACUCUGUGUGCAGAUUAUGGAUGAUGUAUCCUGCUAUGGUGGCGUCUGUAGGCAGCUUAAUAAGUACUAUGGGAUCAGUUUUUGGAACCGUCAUGUGGCAAUCCUGAAAGGAGUUUACUUCAAGGAUCUUUGGACAGGCAGCUCAACUAUGCUUGGACUUUUUGUCCUGGUUUUCUCAAUCAUUGGAACCUUGAAGUCGCUUGAACAUAAUCUAAUUUAA